AUGGCGGACAUCCAGAAGCCGACGCCCGUCUUGCUGGCGGAGGGCCCGGCCUUUGUCUUCGAAUUCAUCUCACAGUGCGAGCUGCCCACCGACCGAGGUCUCUUCCACCUCCGCGCCUACCGGUACACGCACAAGACGGGUCGCCGGCAAGUGGUGGAGCCCGUGGUCCUCUUCCAAGGAGAGCACCGGGGGGGGAAGCAGGUCUGGGUGCGUGUCCAUGACCAGUGCCUGACCUCGGAGGUGUUGGGGUCGCGCCGGUGCGAUUGCAAGGAGCAGCUUGAAAUGGCGCUGGACCGCAUUGUCGGGAACGGGUCGGAGGGCGGGCUGGUGAUUUAUUUGCCACAGGAGGGGCGCGGGAUCGGCCUGGCCAACAAGGUGGCGGCUUACGCGCUGCAAGAACAAGGUCUGGACACGGUGGAUGCGAACUUGUUCCUGGGUUUUGGGGACGACGAACGCACCUACGACUACGUCUCCUUCAUCCUGCAAGACCUGGGGAUCGAGUCCAUCCGCUUGGCCACCAACAACCCUUUCAAGACGAGGUCCCUCAGGGCUGCUGGGGUCCAGGUCGACGGCGUGGAUGGUCUGCAGCCCUCCGCCAACCGGCACAAUCUACACUACCUCCGGACGAAAAUUCUGAAAAUGGAGCACGCCAUGGAGCUGAGGCUGGGAGGGGGGGAAGGCCGGGAGGGCGAGAGGGAGGAAGGUGGUAGCCUGGAUGGUACCGAGGCGGCCACGACGCCGGAGGUAUUGACCGAAUCGGAUCGGAAUUCCUUGAGUUCCGAGAAGGAGAGGAUUUUGGACCAGGAGGGAUUGGAGGAGGAGCUGGAGGAGGAGAGGGAGGAAGGAGGACGGAGAGGGAAUGGGGAGGGAUCGGUGGAGGACAAGGUUGGCGCGGGGGUGUCGGCGGGGACCCUGGCGAGGUCGGAGGGCCCACAGACCGGCGAAGCAGGAGAGAAGGCAGCGAAAGCUGCCGCGGCAGCCGCGGCAGCAGCAGCGGAGGCGGAAAAGAAGCUUCAAGCGCCGGGAUAUUGUUUUGGGAAAGCCACGGUGGAGGCGGCCAUCAAUGCGGUGGCGGCGGGGAAGAUGGUAGUGGUGGUGGACGACGAGGACCGGGAGAACGAGGGGGAUAUCAUUAUAGCGGCCGACAAGGUGACCACGGAGGCGAUGGCAUUCAUUGUCCGGCAUUGCUCGGGCGUGGUCUGUGUCUCCUUGGAAGGGGAGGACUUGGACCGGCUGGCCUUGCCCCCCAUGAUCGCGGAAAACGAGGACCCCAAGCACACCGCCUUCACCGUCUCGGUCGACUACAAGCACAACACGACCACAGGCAUCUCCGCACACGACCGGGCUGCCACCCUGCGCGCCUUGGCGGACCCAGCCUCGCGCGCCUCUGAUUUCACCCGGCCAGGGCACAUUUUCCCCUUGCGCUACUCCCCGGGGGGGGUCAGGAACCGCCGCGGACACACCGAGGCGGCCUUGGACCUCUCCAAGCUGGCGGGGAGGCGCCCUGUGGGGGUCCUCUGCGAGAUUUGCAGCGAGGAUGGGAGCAUGGCCCGGCUUCCCGAGCUGAGGGAGUUCUGCGCCCGACACAAUCUGGUCCUGACCAGCAUUGCCGAUCUGGUGGCUUACCGGGUGGAACACGAAGGGAGCUGA